AUGGGGAAAAAAGAUAAAAAAGGAGAGCAGACUAGCGAAGCUUCCAGUGAGGAAGAGUAUGUUGUAGAGAAAGUUCUCGACAGACGCACUGUAAAAGGAAAGACUCAGUACUUACUGAAGUGGAAAGGGUACAAAGAAGAGGAAAGCACAUGGGAACCGGAAGAAAAUCUCGAUUGUGAAGAACUGAUAAGGACAUUUGAAGAAAAUCGAAAAGAAAAAGAAAAAGAGAAAGCCAAAAAGCCCGAGGAGCGCAGCAAGAAGCGAGUACGUGAGUCUAGCGAGGACACUAGCACGAGCCGCAAGGGGCGCGGCACUAGCGUGUCUUCUGUAGAGGAACCAAGAGAGUCCAAGCGAAGCAAGGAGGACAAAUCCAAGUCUGGCUUCGAUAAGGGGCUCAAGGCUGAGAAAAUUAUAGGCGCGUCGGACGCGACAGGCGAGCUGAUGUUCCUCAUAAAGUGGGCCGACUCCGACGAGGCAGAACUCGUGCCAGCCAAGGUCGCCAACGUCAAGUGUCCACAGCAGGUGAUAGCGUUCUACGAGGAGAGGUUGACGUGGCAUACACCGGCCGAGUCGGAGUGA